AUGUCUGAUGCCGCUACAGACAGAGCAAAAGAGAAGGUAUUCGAAUUGGCCGUACCCCCCCCUCCCCCCCCGCGGCUAGCUCCAAUUGAGGAACCAAACUUACACAUAAACAAAAGCCGAGCGUUGCUCGUUCACUUAUCGCAGGAGGUGAUAUUCAGUCCGGUUCUCUCAGAGCGAUUAAACGGGGCUAAAAAUUUGUCUAGCGAGUGCGGGGGCGGUUGAAAUUGGUACGAUGUUUUACUGCGGAUUCCGGAAAUUGAGUUUGAAUUAACAGGAAACUCACCCUCGCAGCGAUUACCUACCCAGCGGACUUUGCGAAAACAAGAUCCCAAUUAAACCGUCGACUAGCUACCGCGGAGAAGCUUCCAUGGUACCUAGACCUUGACUUGUCGUUCCUAAGAGAAGCUUACCGGGAAUAGGCCCAAGUUCGGAAAGGAAUGGUACGCAGGAUGCACUACGGCGAUAAUUGGCAACUCCAUCAAGGCGGGCAUCCGUAUGUUUAUCCCAUCUCCCCAGUUUGCCAAAGAUUUGUAGAAGUAUUAAGUGUGAUAAAGGUUUCCUUGCAUUCGACGCCUUUGUUAAUAUCCUAGCGGACGAGAACGGAAAUAUUAGCGGGCCGAGAACUGUCCUUGCAGGGCUUGGAGCUGGCACUACGGAGUCUCUGAUUGCUGUCACACCGUUUGAAAGUAUCAAAACUCAAUUGUCUGGAAUUUUAUCCCUCUUGGCCGAGGAAGCCCGCUAAUUGUUUUUCUACAGAAUCGACGAUCGUAAAUCUGGGAAACCACGGUAAGCUAUACACCUGCUGCUUGCAGGAGAAGGUACUGAUAGGAGAUUACAGAAUGCGAGGAUUUAUUCACGGGUCUGGCGUUAUUUGGAGGGAGAAGGGGGUAGGUAUACUUGCUAUUCUGCAUGGAUUCCGGCUAAGGCAGUGUAGUACCGUGGUUUCCUUCAAGGCCUAGUACCUACCACUGCGCGUCAAGCCGCUAAUUCUGCGGUGAGAUUCGGAUCGUAUACUACUAUUAAGCAGUUUGCGCAAAGCUACGUCGCCCCGGGCGAAAAGCUUGGGCCACUAUCUACCUUUGGAAUUGGUGCAACGGCUGGCUUAAUUACAGUGUACGUCAAGGCUGUUUCACUCAGGAGAGGCUAAUCAUGACUGUGAAUAGUUAUUGUACCCAGCCUCUAGAUAGCAUCAAGACCAGGUAUUCUUCCCCACGGCCCAUAUUCACCGCUUCUCACCCAAUGUGAUCGCAGGAUGCAAUCGAUCUCUGCCCGUGCAGAGUAUAAGAAUAGUUUCCAUUGUGCGUACAGAAUCUUUACAGAAGAGGGAAUGCUUGCCUUCUGGGCUGGUGCCUUGCCUAGAUUGAGCAGAUUAAUGGUGAGUAAUUGCCUGGGUUGAUUACCGGAAUAGGUAUCAGCUAAUUAUUCCAAAAUACAGAUCAGCGGAGGUCUUGUUUUCACCAUGUACGAGAAGGCGAUGGAGGUGUUCGAUAAAUUCGACCCCGAGCGAAAAUACAUCUAAAACGCAUUGCCCUUAUUUGUGCAGUCACUCGGCAAAAGUCUUCUUGAAACUAAUAUUCACCCUGAUGGAGAUUACGGUGUCCUAAGCGGGGAAUCUUGCGUAAUAGGGUCUGUACCGGGGAGGGGCCCGUUUCGCGGGCAAAGAGAAAUCCCGUUUCCCGAAGACUCUUGCCGAGUGGUUGUAGGGCUCUAUUGAUUGUAAUAUAGGUUAGAUAAAAAGUAUUCGCUAGGAUAGAACAUAGGCAUCCUAGGUAAAAAUAAUAGCAAAGGACCUGCUGCUACGGCCCACUAGGC